GUUGUCUUCCUCCCCUGUCACGUGAUCUGCGGAGCCUGCGGCCGGGAGCCAUGGAGGAAUAUGCCCGGGAGCCCUGCCCCUGGCGAAUUGUAGAUGACUGUGGUGGUGCCUUCACCAUGGGGAUGAUUGGGGGAGGUGUCUUCCAGGCUGUCAAAGGCUUCCGCAAUGCUCCAGUGGGCGUCAGGCAUCGGUUCAAAGGCAGUAUUAACGCUAUCAGAGUCAGAGCACCACAGAUUGGAGGCAGCUUUGCAGUGUGGGGCGGGCUCUUCUCCACCAUUGACUGCGGCCUGGUGAAGAUGCGGGGCAAGGAGGAUCCCUGGAACUCCAUCACAAGCGGGGCACUCACGGGAGCUGUUCUAGCAUCACGCAGUGGGCCCUUGGCCAUGGUCGGCUCGGCUAUGAUGGGAGGAAUCUUGCUUGCCCUGAUAGAAGGCGUUGGGAUUUUGCUGACGAGAUACACGGCCCAGCAGUUCCAGAACCCCAACCCCUUUGGUGAAGAUCCCAGCCAGCUGCCUCCAAAGGAUGGCUCACCGCCCCCAGGGUAUCCAGGCUAUGGACAUUAUCAAUGAAACUGUUUGGGUCCAAGGAGAUGUCUAUUUUUGUAGGACUGGAGCAGGAAUUUCCCCAUUGAAGUUACUCAAGACGUUCACCACAAACCCCAGCAUUCAAGGGAUGCCAUUCCAAGAGUUUUCUUUGGGAAGGAGGGAGGAAGGGAAAGGGGUCAGGGGGCUUAAGCGAUAUUUGAACCAUGUAAUAUCUACCUCUCUGGCGGGCUUUUGCGUUGAUGGCAUGAUGAGCCCCGGGAAUCCUUCCAUGUGUGCUGGGGGAGGCGGAGCCUGUGCUGGGUGAUCGGCUAACACAAAUCCUAAGAUGGCGUUUCUUAGCUCUGUAGCUUCUGGAUGUGUCUAAACAAUUAAAUGGUCAUGGCGAAGGACUUUAGAAAGGCUGUCUCUCCCUGGCUUUUGAGUGGUUGGGCUUCUCCUGCUUUCUCCGUAGUCGGAGAGCCCGUCCCAGGUUAGCUUGCAAAAAAUCUGUCUGCAGAGCAGUGUGUGCCUUGUUCUACCGGGUAUUGCGUGCAGUUAACGGGGUGUGAUUGUAGCAAGGAAAAGCUGUGCCAAUGUAUCAGGAGCCACGGCACCAUGCCCCCGAAAUAAGACUCCCAUCAGGGGCUCCGUUAAUCCCUCUGUUUUUGCUGCCUACUUGAGGCUGCAGAAACAGUGGGGUUGUCAAAAGGCAUAGCAGGAAUACCAUGGUUGGUGGACCGCAUUCAGCUUAGUGGAUCAGUUGUGCUGGCCUGCCCUGGAGCCAAGUUUUACCCCCAAUAAUGUGACGCACCAGCCUCCAGCAUCUUUAACGUUCCGAACGAAGAUAAAGAGGGUUGCAGAGCUUCUGCUCUGCCUGCAGUUUUCACCCAGCAUAAAGAAACAACCCUUUAGUUGCGGAGUGCAGAAGGAUUUGAGGCUCUGCUGGGAUCCAGGUUGACAUAGUCCUCCACAUCUGAGCCAAACAUUUCUGAUCCUUGAAAAUGAAUGGUGAUUGCCGUUUUAUAUGUUUUUAAUGCUGGGUCCAUGCACUUCCAUUUUUAUACAAAAGCCUACUAACAUGUUGGGGAAAAAAACCCCUAUUAUAUAUCAGUGAUUUGCUAUGAUGCUCAUUAAAAGUGAGUGCAAACCAUA